ACCGCCUUCUUUCUUUACGAAAACUGUUUUAUUUACAUUCUGAAAUUUUCCAAAUCUGAAUCUGAUAAUUCGCGAAAUCAAAGUUCAAAUAAAUCGCUAUAAAUAAUUGUUGCAUUUAAAUAAUGUGAUUUAUUAUUAAAACUGUGUUAUCUCAUCAUGAACGAAAUACCUUCCGACUCAUAUUUUGAAAAUAUUCAAUUAAUCAAACUGGUAUCUUCGGCCGAAGCUUUGCUGCAACAACUGUAUAAACUGGUAUCGUUCGAAGAGCAGCAGAUUAUUGAUCAAUGGCUAUGCUUCAAACGGGAAUUCGAUCAUUGCUCUAGCACCAAAUUCAACUUAAAUCCGGACACUGAUGAAAAUUCAAUCGAUGACAAUGCCUGUAGUCGAGAUGAUCAUAAAUCAUACUCAUCUGAGGAGGUCUAUUCUGAAGCUAGCAUAGAAGAGAUAAAUAGUGAACGAGAAGACGACUCGUCAGAUGAAAAUUCUGAUCCGAAUUUACUCAGUUCUGGUUUCGAGUCCGAAUCGCAUAAUGAUUUGGACGCGUAUUCGAGAAAUUUCAAAAUGUACACCGAAUCUCUUGUUAGCAGUUGGUUUAAUAAUAUGAACCUCGAUUCUGAAAAUUCAUGCGGUGAUCAUAUCUCCAAUCAGUAUUUUUAUCCAACUUCUCAAAGACCUUUCACGUAUCAUCCGAAUCUUCCCAUGAAUAUGACGAAUAACGCUUUUUUGGAAUUUAACGAUAUGUCCGAUUCUCGUUUCUGCCACUGUUGUGCUAAUGGAAUAGGCAGCUGCCAUUUAAUUCUAUCGUUACCUGUGGAAGAACAAAUCGCAUAUGUGAGGGAAUUAAAGACACCUUUAAUACAAUCUUGUCAUCAGAUAACUAGUCAUACCAAACGAUGCGAUUUUGAGAGUAAAAGUAAUGAAGAUUUGAUCAUGUUACAAGAAGUUCUCGAAGCCAUCGAUAUAACAAUAGAGAUGAAAAAUAACGAUUUCUUGGCCGAAUUUGAGCUUGAAAAGUUCAAAGAAAAAAAUCAUUUGGCGUAUUCUUCUAUGUUUGAUUGUUUUAAAAUGUUAUCUUCCAACGAAAUGCAUUACUUAUUCGUUUGUUUUUUAAAUAAAACGGUGACGUUGAGAGAAAAUAGCUCGAAUUUGGAUAAAUUGAUUUUACAAUUAGACAAUACUAUCGUAGAUAAAGAAAUAAGAUUAAGAUACUUGAAUAAAAGUUACAUCAAGCUUCGUGAUGUUUGCAUAUCUCUGAAAAAUAAGUCUAAAAAUGUUCCCGAAGAACCUGUACCUGAUAAUCUAGAAGCCAUAAUUAAUGUUAAUAAGAAUCAGCCUAUUUCGGAGAACAAUGCUAAAGAUAAAGCUGGAUGUUCGCAGUUACCUUCAUCAAGUACGAUACCCAACAAAAGCAUCAAAGCAUUGCAUCGAAGUAGUUUAUCUAAAAAUUUUGGUGUCACCUGCCAGGGCAAAAAAUUAAUUAUACAAGAGGAUAAAAAUUCCUAAAAUUCAAUGUCGUUCAGCAUACUGUUUCAAUUUAUGUAUUUUGCUGAGAAUGUGUUCAAAUUUUUUGUGUAAGACUGUUUCGAUUUUUUCCUAGUUGUUGAUAUUUUUUCAUUUUAAUACCUACAUGUACAAUGUUGGUGCAUUUAUUUAUAUUUCUUAUAAAGAAUCAUUCGAGUUUUGAA